AUGGGGGCCUCACAGUGCACUUGGGAUGGGUGUACUGACACCAACGGCUCGAUUUUGAGAGGCUUGAAGAGGGCAGCUGGCGGUUCAGCGGCACCUGGGAGACCGACGGCUACGCCGUCGGUGCCAAGAAGCGGAGGCCCAGCACCGACGUCCGCCCUGGCGACCCUCCGCCCCCUGCGCCAAAGGCGAAGCGCGGGCAAGAGCGCGGGCGAGAUGGGGCGACGCAGGACCAGGGCCGCCGGAUUACGAAUGAGUCCUGCAGUUCAGCGUGAGGAGUUGCCGAGCAGGGACAAGAUCUACAUGACGUUGGGGAUUGACCCAGGCCGCAAGGACUUCCUCACGGUGAAGGACAUGCACAACAACCACGUGCGGUACACCGCCAAGCAGCACUAUGCUGAGGCAGGGAUUUACAAGUUCACCAGAAAGGUGGCGGCCUUGCAGGCCAGCGCCCCGGACUUCGUGAAGCGCGCCUACAAGUAG